AAGUGUUGUAGUUUUGUCUGAAGACUUUUUAUGUUUAGAAGCCUUUGAGAGCAAGUACUGUGUCCACUGUGCUGUUCUUGUUUGGAUAUUAAUCAGAUCACGCUUGAACAUUAUUUGACUUCACAAGGCUUUGCCAUGCUCGCAGCACAACCUUAUUUGUAGUGACCAUGGGCAGUCCUAUUAUGGGAAACCAACUUGAGAGAGAAGGCGGGUCACUUGCUUGUGCGCAGGUCCUGGAAUUUGAAAUAUCCAGGGGCCUCUACAGAAUCCUGGCAUCAGUUACUCCGUUGACUCACUCAGUGUUGGGAUCACUCACUUUCCCCUUACAGGACUCUGAUCUUGGAGGCAUUUGGCUUCAGAGAAAAACGAAUAGGAAAAACUGAAUUGUUAUUUUUUAAAAGGCUGCUGAAGUUGGUUGAUUUCUCAUCAUUCCUAAACCUAUCGGAGCACCUAAGUUGGGAGCAAAUUUACCAAGAUAUUUGUUGCUGCGGUGAUAGAUACUUUUUUUUUCCUCAAAUGCUUUGGUGGGAAGAAGUAGACGAGUGUUAUGAAAGAGAAGAUGUUCAAAAGAAAACAUUCACAAAAUGGAUAAAUGCACAGUUUUCUAAGUUUGGGAAGCAGCACAUAGAGAACCUCUUCAGUGACCUACAGGAUGGGAGACGCCUCCUAGAUCUUCUGGAAGGCCUGACAGGGCAAAAACUGCCAAAAGAAAAAGGAUCCACAAGAGUUCAUGCCCUGAACAAUGUCAACAAGGCACUGCGCGUCUUGCAGAAAAAUAAUGUUGAUUUAGUGAAUAUUGGAAGCACUGACAUAGUAGAUGGAAAUCACAAACUGACUCUUGGUUUGAUUUGGAAUAUAAUCCUCCACUGGCAGGUCAAAAAUGUAAUGAAAAAUAUCAUGGCUGGAUUGCAACAAACCAACAGUGAAAAGAUUCUCCUGAGCUGGGUCCGACAAUCAACUCGUAAUUAUCCACAGGUUAAUGUCAUUAACUUCACCACCAGCUGGUCUGAUGGUCUGGCUUUAAAUGCUCUCAUCCACAGUCAUAGGCCAGACCUGUUUGAUUGGAACAGUGUGGUUUGCCAGCAGUCAGCCACACAACGACUGGAACAUGCGUUCAACAUUGCCAAAUAUCAAUUAGGCAUAGAGAAACUGCUGGAUCCUGAAGAUGUUGCUACCACUUAUCCAGAUAAGAAGUCCAUCUUAAUGUAUGUCACAUCACUCUUCCAAGUUUUGCCUCAACAAGUGAGCAUUGAAGCCAUCCAGGAAGUGGAAAUGUUGCCAAGGCCAUCAAAAGUUACUAGAGAGGAACACUUUCAAUUACAUCAUCAAAUGCACUAUUCUCAACAGAUCACAGUCAGUCUAGCACAGGGCUAUGAACGAACUCCUUCCUCUCCUAAGCCUCGGUUCAAGAGCUAUGCCUACACACAGGCUGCUUAUGUCACCACCUCUGACCCCACAAGGAGCCCACUUCCUUCACAGCACUUGGAAACUCCUGAUGAUAUUGGCCGUUCAUCAAUGGAGACUGAGGUAACCCUGGACAGUUACCAAACAGCUUUAGAAGAAGUACUCUCAUGGCUUCUUUCUGCUGAGGACACAUUGCAAGCCCAAGGAGAGAUUUCUAAUGAUGUAGAAGAAGUGAAAGAACAAUUUCAUACUCACGAGGGGUACAUGAUGGAUUUGACAUCUCAUCAGGGACGAGUUGGUAAUGUUCUACAACUGGGAAGUCAACUGAUUGGAACAGGGAAAUUAUCAGAAGAUGAAGAAACCGAAGUACAAGAACAAAUGAAUCUCCUAAAUUCAAGAUGGGAAUGCCUCAGGGUAGCUAGCAUGGAAAAACAGAGCAACUUACAUAAAGUUCUAAUGGAUCUUCAGAAUCAGCAACUGAAAGAGUUAAAUGAUUGGCUAACUAAAACAGAAGAGAGAACAAGGAAAAUGGAGAAAGAGCCCCUUGGACCUGAUAUUGAAGACCUAAAACGCCAAGUACAACAACAUAAGGUGCUUCAAGAAGACCUAGAACAGGAACAAGUCAGGGUCAAUUCUCUCACUCACAUGGUGGUGGUGGUCGAUGAAUCUGGUGGAGACCAAGCAACUGCUGCUUUGGAAGAACAGCUUAAGGUCCUGGGAGAUAGAUGGGCAAACAUCUGUAGAUGGACAGAAGAUCGUUGGGUUCUUUUACAAGACAUCCUCCUGAAAUGGCAGCGUUUUACCGAAGAACAGUGCCUUUUUAGUGCAUGGCUUUCAGAAAAAGAAGAUGCAUUGAACAAGAUUCACACAACUGGCUUUAAGGAUCAAAGUGAAAUGUUAUCAAGUCUUCAAAAACUGGCUGUUUUAAAAACAGAUUUAGAAAAGAAAAAGCAAACCAUGGACAAACUCUGUUCACUCAACCAAGAUCUUCUUUCAACCCUGAAAAACACAUUGGUAGCCCAAAAGAUGGAAGCAUGGCUGGACAACUUUGCCCAGCGUUGGGAUAAUUUAGUCCAAAAACUUGAAAAAAGUUCUGCACAGAUUUCACAGGCUGUCCCCACCACUCAGCCAUCACUAACACAGACAACUGUAAUGGAAACGGUAACUAUGGUGACCACGAGGGAGCAAAUUCUGGUAAAGCAUGCCCAAGAGGAACUGCCACCACCACCUCCCCAAAAGAAGAGGCAGAUUAUUGUGGAUUCCGAAAUUAGGAAAAGGUUGGACGUCGAUAUAACUGAACUUCACAGUUGGAUUACUCGUUCAGAAGCUGUGUUGCAGAGUCCUGAAUUUGCAAUCUAUCGGAAGGAAGGCAACUUCUCAGACCUUAAAGAAAAAGUCAAUGCCAUAGAGCGAGAAAAAGCGGAGAAGUUCAGAAAACUGCAAGAUGCCAGCAGAUCAGCUCAGGCCCUGGUGGAACAGAUGGUGAAUGAGGGUGUUAAUGCUGACAGCAUCAAACAAGCCUCAGAACAACUGAACAGCCGGUGGAUAGAGUUCUGCCAAUUGCUAAGUGAGAGACUUAACUGGCUGGAGUAUCAGAACAACAUCAUCGCUUUCUAUAAUCAGCUACAACAAUUGGAGCAGAUGACAACUACUGCUGAAAACUGGUUGAAAACCCAACCUACCACCACAUCAGAGCCAACAGCAAUCAAAAGCCAGUUGAAAAUUUGUAAGGAUGAAGUCAACCGGCUUUCAGUUCUUCAGCCUCAAAUCGAGCGAUUAAAAAUUCAAAGCAUAGCCCUGAAAGAGAAAGGACAAGGGCCAAUGUUCCUGGAUGCAGACUUUGUGGCCUUUACAAAUCAUUUUAACCAAGUCUUUGCUGAUGUGCAGGCCAGAGAAAAAGAGCUACAGACAAUUUUUGACACAUUGCCACCCAUGCGCUAUCAGGAGACCAUGAGUACCAUCCUGACGUGGAUCCAGCAGUCAGAAACCAAACUCUCUAGACCUCAGGUUACUGUUACUGAAUAUGACAUCAUGGAACAGAGACUUGAAGAGUUACAGGCUUUACAAAGUUCCCUGCAAGAGCAACAAAGUGGCCUAAACUAUCUCAGCACCACUGUGAAAGAGAUGUCAAGGAAAGCACCAUCUGAUAUUAGCCGGAAGUACCAGACAGAAUUUGAAGAGAUUGAGGGCCGCUGGAAGAAGCUGUCCUCUCAGCUGCUUGAGCAUUGCCAAAAGCUAGAGGAGCAAAUGGCAAAACUUCGAAAAAUUCAGAAUCACAUCAAAACUCUGAAGAAGUGGAUGGCUGAAGUUGAUGUUUUCCUGAAGGACGAGUGGCCUGCCCUCGGGGACUCAGAAAUUCUGAAAAAACAGCUGAAACAGUGCAGGCUUUUAGUCAAUGAUAUUCAGACAAUUCAGCCCAGUCUCAACAGUGUCAAUGAAGGUGCACAGAAGAUAAAGAAUGAAGCAGAGCCAGAGUUUGCUUGCAGACUUGAGAGAGAGCUCAGAGAACUGAACACUCAGUGGGAUUACGUAUGCCGACAGGUCUAUGCCAGAAAGGAAGCUUUAAAGGGAGGUUUGGAUAAAACUGUAAGUCUUCAGAAAGAUCUGUCAGAGAUGCACGAAUGGAUGACGCAAGCUGAAGAAGAAUACCUAGAGAGAGAUUUUGAAUAUAAAACCCCAGACGAAUUACAGACUGCAGUUGAAGAGAUGAAGAGAGCUAAGGAAGAGGCCCAGCAAAAAGAAGCAAAAGUGAAACUCCUUACCGAGUCCGUCAAUAGUGUCAUAGCUGAGGCUCCCCCUGCAGCACGAGAGGCCUUACAGAAGGAACUCGACACUCUAACCACCAACUACCAGUGGCUCUGCACCAGGCUCAAUGGAAAAUGCAAGACCUUGGAAGAAGUUUGGGCGUGCUGGCACGAAUUAUUGUCAUACUUGGAGAAGGCAAACAAGUGGCUAAACGAAGUAGAAUUCAAACUUAAAACCACGGAAAAUAUUCCUAGUGGAGCUGAGGAAAUCUCUGAGGUGCUGGAUUCACUUGAAAAUUUGAUGCAACAUUCAGAGGAUAACCCGAAUCAGAUUCGCAUAUUGGCACAGACCCUAACAGAUGGUGGAGUCAUGGAUGAACUGAUCAAUGAGGAACUUGAGACGUUUAAUUCUCGUUGGAGAGAACUACAUGAAGAGGCUGUGAGGAGGCAAAAGUUGCUUGAACAGAGUAUCCAGUCUGCCCAGGAGAUCGAAAAAUCCUUGCACUUAAUUCAGGAGUCCCUCUCAUCCAUUGACAAGCAGUUGGCAGCUUAUAUUGCUGACAAAGUGGACGCAGCUCAGAUGCCUCAGGAAGCCCAGAAAAUCCAAUCAGAUUUGACAAGUCAUGAGAUCAGCUUAGAAGAAAUGAAGAAACAUUACCAGGGAAAGGAGACUGCCCAAAGGGUGCUGUCCCAAAUCGAUGUGGCCCAGAAAAAGUUGCAAGAUGUUUCCUUGAAGUUUCGAUUAUUCCAGAAGCCAGCCAAUUUUGAGCAGCGUCUACAGGAAAGUAAGAUGAUUCUAGAUGAAGUGAAGAUGCAUUUGCCUGCGUUGGAAACGAAGAGCGUGGAACAGGAAGUAGUACAGUCACAGUUAAAUCAUUGUGUGAACUUGUAUAAAAGUCUGAGUGAAGUGAAGUCUGAAGUGGAAAUGGUGAUAAAAACUGGACGUCAGAUUGUACAGAAGAAACAGACAGAAAACCCUAAAGAACUUGAUGAAAGAGUCACGGCUUUGAAAUUACAUUAUAAUGAGCUGGGAGCAAAGGUGACGGAAAGAAAGCAACAGUUGGAAAAAUGCUUGAAAUUGUCCCGUAAGAUGCGAAAGGAAAUGAAUGCCCUGACAGAAUGGCUGGCAGCUACAGAUAUGGAAUUGACGAAGAGAUCAGCAGUUGAAGGAAUGCCUAGUAAUUUGGAUUCUGAAGUUGCCUGGGGAAAGGCUACUCAGAAAGAGAUUGAGAAACAGAAGGUUCACCUAAAGAGUGUCACAGAGCUUGGAGAGGCCUUGAAAACGGUUUUGGGCAAGAAGGAGGCCUUGGUGGAAGAUAAACUGAGUCUUCUGAAUAGUAACUGGAUAGCUGUCACUUCCCGAGCAGAAGAGUGGUUAAACCUUUUGCUGGAAUACCAGAAACACAUGGAAAACUUUGACCAGAAUGUGGAUUACAUCACAAACUGGAUCAUUCAGGCUGAUGCACUUUUGGAUGAAUCUGAGAAAAAGAAACCUCAGCAAAAAGAAGACAUACUUAAGCGUUUAAAGGCUGAAAUGAAUGACAUGCGCCCAAAGGUGGAUUCCACGCGAGACCAAGCAGCAAACCUGAUGGCAAACCGCGGCGACCACUGCAGGAAAGUAGUAGAGCCCAAAAUCUCAGAGCUCAACCAUCGAUUUGCAGCCAUUUCUCACAGAAUUAAGACUGGAAAGGCCUCCAUUCCUUUGAAGGAAUUGGAGCAGUUUAACUCAGAUAUACAAAAAUUGCUUGAACCACUGGAGGCUGAAAUUCAGCAGGGGGUGAAUCUGAAAGAGGAAGACUUCAAUAAAGAUAUGAGUGAAGACAAUGAGGGUACUGUAAAAGAAUUGUUGCAAAGAGGAGACAACUUACAACAAAGAAUCACAGAUGAGAGAAAGCGAGAGGAAAUAAAGAUAAAACAGCAGCUGUUACAGACAAAACAUAAUGCUCUCAAGGAUUUGAGGUCUCAAAGAAGAAAAAAGGCUCUAGAAAUUUCUCACCAGUGGUAUCAGUACAAGAGGCAGGCUGAUGAUCUCCUGAAAUGCUUGGAUGACAUUGAAAAAAAAUUAGCCAGCCUACCUGAACCCAGAGAUGAAAGGAAAAUUAAGGAAAUUGAUCGUGAAUUGCAGAAGAAGAAAGAGGAGCUGAAUGCAGUGCGUAGGCAAGCUGAGGGCUUGUCUGAGGAUGGGGCCGCAAUGGCAGUGGAGCCAACUCAGAUCCAGCUCAGCAAGCGCUGGCGGGAAAUUGAGAGCAAAUUUGCUCAGUUUCGAAGACUCAACUUUGCACAAAUUCACACAGUCCAUGAAGAAUCGAUGAUGGUGAUGACUGAAGACAUGCCUUUGGAAAUUUCUUAUGUGCCUUCUACUUACCUGACUGAGAUCACUCACGUCUCACAAGCCCUGUCAGAAGCGGAACAACUUCUUAAUGCUCCUGACCUCCGUGCUAAAGAUUUCGAAGAUCUCUUUAAACAAGAGGAGUCUCUGAAGAACAUAAAAGACAGCCUGCAACAAAUCUCAGGUCGGAUUGACAUCAUUCACAAUAAGAAGACAGCAGCCUUGCACAGUGCCACUCCUGCAGAAAGGGCAAAGCUGCAGGAAGCUCUCUCACGGCUCGAUUUCCAAUGGGAAAGAGUGAACAAAAUGUACAAGGACCGACAAGGGCGAUUUGACAGAUCUGUGGAAAAGUGGCGGCGGUUUCAUUAUGAUAUGAAGAUACUCAAUCAAUGGCUAACAGAAGCUGAACAGUUUCUCAAAAAGACACAAAUUCCUGAGAAUUGGGAACAUGCCAAAUACAAAUGGUGUCUUAAGGAACUCCAGGAUGGCAUUGGGCAGCGGCAAACUGUUGUCAGGAUAUUGAAUGCAACUGGGGAAGAAAUAAUUCAACAGUCCUCAAAAACAGAUGCCAGUAUUUUACACGAAAAACUGGGAAGCCUGAAUCUGCGGUGGCAGGAGGUCUGCAAACAGCUGGCAGAGAGAAAAAAGAGGCUAGAGGAACAAAAGAAUAUCUUGUCAGAAUUUCAAAGGGAUGUAAAUGAAUUUGUUUUAUGGUUGGAAGAAGCAGACAACGUUGCUAAUAUUCCACUUGAACCUGGGAAUGAGCAGCAGCUAAAACAAAAACUUGAACAAGUCAAGUUACUGGCGGAAGAGUUGCCCCUGCGCCAGGGGAUUCUAAAACAAUUAAAUGAAACCGGAGGAACAGUGCUUGUAAGUGCUCCCAUAAGCCCAGAAGAGCAAGAUAAACUUGAAAAUAAGCUCAAGCAGACAAAUCUUCAGUGGAUAAAGGUUUCUAGAGAUUUGCCUGAGAAACAAGGAGAAAUUGAGGCACACAUAAAAGACCUUGGACAGCUUGAAGAGCAGUUAAAUCAUCUGCUUCUGUGGCUGGCUCCGAUUAGAAAUCAGUUGGAAAUUUACAGUCAACCAAAUCAAACAGGACCGUUUGACGUUAAGGAAAUUGAAGUAGCAGUUCAAGCUAAACAGCCGGAUGUGGAAGGGAUUUUGUCUAAAGGGCAGCAUUUGUACAAGGAAAAACCAGCCGCUCAGCCAGUGAAGAGAAAGGUUGAAGAUCUGAGCUCUGAUUGGAAGGCAGUAACCCAGUUACUUCAAGAGCUCAAGGCAAAGCAGCCUGGCCCAGCUCCCAGACUGACUGCUGUUGGAGCCGCUCCUAGUCAGACUGUUACUCUGGUGACACAACCCGUGGUUACCAAGGAAACUGCCAUCUCCAGACUAGAAAUGCCAUCUUCUUUGCUCUUGGAGGUACCUGCUCUGGCAGAUUUCAACCGAGCUUGGACAGAACUUACCGACUGGCUGUCUCUGCUUGAUCGAGUUAUAAAAUCACAGAGGGUGAUGGUGGGUGAUCUUGAAGACAUCAACGAAAUGAUCAUCAAGCAGAAGGCAACACUGCAGGAUUUGGAACAGAGGCGCCCCCAGUUGGAAGAACUCAUUACCGCCGCCCAGAAUUUGAAAAACAAGACCAGCAAUCAAGAGGCUAGAACCAUCAUUACUGAUCGAAUUGAAAGAAUUCAGAGUCAGUGGGAUGAAGUACAGGAACACCUUCAGAACCGGAGGCAGCAGUUGAAUGAAAUGUUAAAGGAUUCCACACAAUGGCUGGAAGCUAAAGAAGAAGCUGAGCAGGUGCUGGGGCAGGCCAGAGCCAAGCUGGAGUCAUGGAAGGAGACUCCCUACACAAUGGAUGCGAUCCAAAAGAAAAUCACAGAAACCAAGCAGUUGGCCAAAGACCUCCGCCAGUGGCAGAUAAAUGUAGAUGUUGCAAAUGAUUUGGCCCUGAAACUUCUCCGGGAUUAUUCUUCAGAUGAUACGAGAAAAGUACACAUGAUAACAGAGAACAUCAAUGCCUCUUGGGCAAGCAUUCAUAAAAGAGUGAGUGAGCAAGAGGCUACUCUGGAAGAAACCCAUAGAUUGCUGCAACAGUUCCCCCUCGACCUGGAGAAAUUCCUUGCCUGGCUUACAGAGGCUGAAACAACUGCCAACGUGCUGCAGGAUGCCACCCAUAAGGAAAGGCUCCUGGAAGAUUCCAAGGGAGUAAGAGAGCUGAUGAAACAAUGGCAAGACCUCCAAGGAGAAAUCGAAGCUCACACAGAUAUCUAUCACAACCUGGAUGAAAAUGGCCAAAAAGUCCUGAGAUCCCUGGAAGGUUCUGACGACGCAGCCCUGUUGCAAAGACGUUUGGAUACCAUGAACUUCAAGUGGAGUGAGCUUCGGAAGAAGUCUCUCAACAUUAGGUCUCAUUUGGAAGCCAGUUCUGACCAGUGGAAGCGUCUGCACCUCUCUCUUCAGGAGCUUCUGGUGUGGCUACAGCUGAAAGAUGACGAGUUAAGCCGGCAGGCACCGAUGGGAGGCGAUUUUCCAGCAGUUCAGAAGCAGAACGAUGUACACAGGGCCUUCAAGAGAGAAUUGAAAACGAAAGAACCUGUAAUCAUGAGUACUCUUGAGACUGUACGAAUAUUUCUGACAGAGCAGCCUUUAGAAGGACUAGAGAAACUCUACCAGGAGCCCAGAGAGCUGCCUCCUGAGGAGAGAGCCCAGAAUGUUACACGGCUCCUGCGAAAGCAGGCUGAGGAGGUCAACACCGAGUGGGAAAAACUGAACCUGCACUCUGCAGACUGGCAGAGAAAAAUAGACGAGGCCCUCGAAAGACUCCAGGAACUUCAGGAAGCAACCGAUGAGCUUGACCUCAAGCUGCGUCAGGCUGAGGUGAUCAAGGGCUCCUGGCAGCCUGUGGGUGACCUUCUCAUUGACUCUCUCCAAGAUCACCUCGAAAAAGUCAAGGUGCUUCGAGGAGAAAUUACACCUCUGAAAGAGAAUGUCAGCUACGUCAAUGACCUUGCUCGCCAACUCACUACGUUGGGCAUUCAGCUGUCACCAUAUAACCUCAACACUCUGGAAGACCUGAACACCAGAUGGAAGCUUCUGCAGGUGGCCGUUGAGGACCGCAUCAGGCAGCUGCACGAAGCCCACCGGGACUUUGGCCCCGCGUCCCAGCACUUCCUUUCCACUUCUGUCCAGGGUCCCUGGGAGAGAGCCAUCUCGCCAAACAAAGUGCCCUACUAUAUCAACCACGAGACCCAAACGACUUGCUGGGACCAUCCCAAAAUGACAGAGCUCUACCAGUCUUUAGCUGACCUGAAUAAUGUCAGGUUCUCAGCUUAUAGGACCGCCAUGAAACUCCGAAGACUGCAGAAGGCCCUUUGCUUGGAUCUCUUGAGCCUGUCAGCUGCAUGCGAUGCCUUGGACCAGCACAACCUCAAGCAAAAUGACCAGCCCAUGGACAUCCUGCAGGUCAUAAAUUGUCUGACCACUAUCUAUGAUCGCCUGGAACAAGAGCACAACAAUCUGGUCAACGUCCCUCUCUGCGUGGAUAUGUGUCUCAAUUGGCUGCUGAAUGUCUAUGACACGGGACGAACCGGGAGGAUCCGAGUCCUGUCUUUUAAAACUGGCAUCAUUUCUCUGUGUAAAGCGCAUUUGGAAGACAAGUACAGAUACCUUUUCAAGCAAGUGGCAAGCUCCACAGGAUUUUGUGACCAGCGCAGGCUGGGCCUCCUCCUGCACGACUCUAUCCAGAUCCCGAGGCAGUUGGGUGAAGUCGCAUCCUUCGGGGGCAGUAACAUCGAGCCGAGCGUCAGGAGCUGCUUCCAGUUUGCUAAUAAUAAGCCUGAGAUCGAAGCGGCCCUCUUCCUAGACUGGAUGAGACUGGAGCCCCAGUCCAUGGUGUGGCUGCCUGUCCUGCACCGAGUGGCUGCUGCGGAAACUGCCAAGCACCAGGCCAAGUGCAACAUCUGCAAGGAGUGUCCGAUCAUCGGAUUCAGGUACAGGAGUCUGAAGCACUUUAAUUAUGACAUCUGCCAAAGUUGCUUUUUUUCUGGUCGAGUUGCAAAAGGCCAUAAAAUGCACUAUCCCAUGGUGGAAUACUGCACUCCGACCACAUCGGGAGAAGAUGUUCGUGACUUUGCCAAGGUACUAAAAAACAAAUUUCGAACCAAAAGGUAUUUUGCGAAGCAUCCCCGAAUGGGCUACCUGCCUGUGCAGACUGUCUUAGAGGGGGACAACAUGGAAACUCCUGUUACUCUGAUCAACUUCUGGCCGGUAGAUUCUGCGCCCGCCUCGUCCCCUCAGCUUUCACACGAUGAUACUCAUUCACGCAUUGAACAUUAUGCUAGCAGGCUAGCAGAAAUGGAAAACAGCAAUGGAUCUUAUCUAAAUGAUAGCAUCUCUCCUAAUGAGAGCAUAGAUGAUGAACAUUUGUUAAUCCAGCAUUACUGCCAAAGUUUGAACCAGGACUCCCCCCUGAGCCAGCCUCGUAGUCCUGCCCAGAUCUUGAUUUCCUUAGAGAGUGAGGAAAGAGGGGAGCUAGAGAGAAUCCUAGCAGAUCUUGAGGAAGAAAACAGGAACCUGCAAGCCGAGUAUGACCGUCUCAAGCAGCAGCACGAGCAUAAAGGCCUGUCCCCACUGCCGUCCCCUCCCGAGAUGAUGCCCACUUCUCCCCAGAGCCCCCGGGACGCCGAGCUCAUUGCCGAGGCCAAGCUCCUGCGUCAGCACAAGGGCCGCCUGGAGGCCAGGAUGCAGAUCCUAGAAGACCACAACAAGCAGCUAGAGUCGCAGUUACAGCGGCUCCGGCAGCUGCUGGAGCAACCCCAGGCCGAGGCCAAGGUGAAUGGUACAACGGUGUCUUCUCCUUCUACCUCUCUUCAGAGGUCAGACAGCAGUCAGCCUAUGCUGCUCCGGGUGGUUGGCAGUCAGACUUCAGAAUCCAUGGGCGAGGAAGACCUGCUCAGUCCUCCCCAGGACACAAGCACAGGGUUAGAGGAAGUGAUGGAACAGCUCAACAACUCCUUCCCUAGUUCCAGAGGAAGAAAUACCCCUGGGAAGCCAAUGAGAGAGGACACAAUGUAGGAAGCCUUUUCCACUUGGCAGAUGAUUUGGGCAGAGCGAUGGAGUCCUUAGUGUCAGUCAUGACAGAUGAAGAAGGGGCAGAAUAAAUGUUUUACAACU